AUGGUCAACGAAACAACGACAACAACUGCUGUCACCACAAAUUCGUAUUCAUUCGUUGAACAAACAAUUAUUGCUACGACGAACAGUAUCUCUCUGAAAACCACUGAUAUUUCUUCGUUAGCAUGUUUUGGAUUUGUUAUACUUAUAUUAGCUACAGUGGCUGGUAAUACGCUGGUACUAUUAGCGCUUUAUCUUGACAAACGUCUUCACUCGCCGUCCUUUUAUUUAAUUGCGAAUAUGGCUGUUGCUGAUCUUUUACUUGGUUUAUUUGUAUUACCACUAUCAUCUGUGCUCGAAUUACUUAACGACCGUUGGAUAUUUGGAGAAGGUCUCUGUGCUGCGUGGUUAGCUGUUGAUGUACUCUGCUGUACAGCAUCCAUUAUGGGUUUAAUGGCCAUUUCCAUUGAUCGAUAUUUAGGUGUAACGAGACCAUUGAUUUACAGUAGUAUCAUGAAUAUUCGACGAACAAUUUAUUUGAUCAUUGUUGUAUGGGCUGUUUCGAUAUUAACAUCUGUUGUACCUCUAUUUGGCUUGACUGAUCGAGGAAAACAAUCCAUGGGUCUGACACCCGAUCAAGUAUACCAGACAUGCAAAGUGAACAAAAACACGUUUUAUACAAUAUUUUCAUCGAUGAUAUCGUUUUAUAUUCCGGUUAUUAUUCUUCUUAUACUCUAUUCUCGUGUUUAUCAAGAAGCAAAGAAGCAAGGCGAAAAAUUAGAAAACGAGAAACGUCGUCUUUAUCAAAUCGAUUAUCAAGUUGCAUCCGACCACGUGCGUCGAAAACGAGCGAAUACGAAUAGUUUAACGACAGAUAAUCCUAUUGUUGAUCAACGUUCGCCAAGUCAAACACCUCGAACUACACGAUGUUAUUCGAGUAUUCCAGAUGUGAAUCGAAAUGAAGUCGCAACUGCCCUUCUGAAAAAUGGAACGGUUCCUGACGAAGAUGGUAGUCUUGAAGAAAUGCAAUCAAAAAAAGAUUACAUCGAGCUUAAGAAUAAUAAUCUCGAUGAUGAUACUGUACAUUCCGGUUCAUCUCUCGCUCAACACAUCAUGAACGUUCGUCGUUCACUUGGCAAACGUAUUUCCUCUACGAUCAAUCGUGCUUCUCAACCUCAUCUACCUCAUCUUCCACAUCUCCAUCAUCACAAUCACCACAGUGGUCAAAUAUCACACAAUGAUGAAUUAUUAAUCAUUAGACGUAAAUUAAAUAAUCUCAAACGCGAAAAGAAAGCUUUUCGCACACUCGGCCUUAUUUUAAGUGCAUUACUCAUUUGUUGGUUACCGUUUUUUGUUACUUUACCUAUGAUGGCCAUACUCAAAGAUCAUCGUGUCAUAAAAGAUGAAAACACAGGAAACGCAUGGUUUAAAAUCACAUUUUGGCUCGGUUAUUGUAACUCAGCUUUGAAUCCAUUUGUGUACGCAUUUUCGAAUCGUGCCAUUCGACGAGCAUUUCGUCAAAUUAUCUUUCGACGUUUUUGUUGUUGGUGUGGCUUUCGAUGUUGGUUAUGUCGAUACUUUUGUCCAACUAAAGCCAAUGCUUACAAUGAACAAUUAGCAUCUCAAUAUCAGUAUACGCAUAGCAGUUCAUAUACAACUCAAACAUCGCAGAUAGCACCACGGAGAGCGAGUUCGUUAACAGGUGAUGUUCUUCGAACAGAUGUCAAGGUUGCCAAUGGUUUCGAAGCAUUGUCGAGUUCACCGAAGACACCAAAUCGAACACCUGGGCAUAGUGGUCCAGUUGUUUCUUUUGCUGAUUUUCUUGCCGAGACAGGUGAAGACGAAGUUUUAUCGAAUGGGGAUGCACACUCGAAUGAAGAAGUGAAUCCAAUCACACCAGCAAAGAUUUCUUCGUAA